UUUCUUUUCUUCCUUCCGGCUUCAAGAUGACUCGCUUUGGUUUCCUCUCUCUGGCUCUACUCUCUCUCCAGGCCUUUGUUGGCACCGGCUUUGCUGCUGAUGCUGAGAAUGCUGAAGCAGAGGUUCCCACUCUGGCUGUCUCAGCCCAGGCGUCUUUCCCUGCUUCCGAGAUCUUCGGUAUCAAGCUUGUGAAUGGUCACCCUACCCAGGCGCUGAUCGCCAUCUCCAACGAUGAGCCGAACCCUAUCACGGUGAACUUUGUUGGCGGAAGCCUUCGGAACCCCGAUGAUCAGACCCAGGUUGUCCGCAACUUGACUGCUACUCGUUACGCUAUCGAGGUUCCCGCUGGCGCGAAGGAGACAAUCAGCUACAGCUUCGCCACCGAGAUGCACCCCCAGGAUCUCCAGAUGACUCUUUCUGCCAUUAUUUCGGACAGCGAGGGCCGUUUGGUUCCUGUCGUUGCCCACAAUGGCACCGUUAGCAUCGUGGAGGCGGAUACUAGCAUCUUCGAUCCUCAGAUGUAUGACCCACCCACCCCGCCCCCCUUUUACCAUAGUCGUGUGAGGGCAAUGGAACUAACAAUUGCUAUCAGUAUCUUCCUCUACUUCUUCCUGCUGGCCUGUGUCUCUGGCACCGGUUACUUGGUCUACACCGUUUGGGUCGCUCCUUACUUCCCCCAGAAGCGCAAGUCCGGAAAGACCAGCGAGAAGCGCACCCAGGGUGGCACAAAGCGCGUUGAGACCCCUGUUACUGAGGAGCCUUCCAGCGGUGCUGCAGUUUCUUCUGCCAGCGCCUACAACGCUGAUUGGAUUCCCUCCCACCACAUCAACCGCCCCGAGGCCCGCAAGGUCAAGGGCCGCUCUAAGGCCCGUGCGUAA